CCGGGGCGCUCCUGGCGCCGCGGUUUCCCGCCGGAGCGGCACGGCGGUCGCUCCUUCCGGUGUCCUUCCCGGCGGGGGCGGCGGCGGGGCGGCCAUGGCGCAGAACCUGAAGGACCUGGCGGGGCGGCUGCCGACCGGGCCCCGCGGCGUCGGCACCGCGCUUAAGCUGCUGCUGGGCGCCGGUGCCCUGGCCUAUGGCGUGCGAGAGUCAGUCUUUAUUGUGGAGGGCGGCCAGCGCGCCAUCUUCUUCAACCGCAUCGGCGGCGUGCAGCAGGACACCAUCCUGGCCGAGGGGCUGCACUUCAGGAUCCCCUGGUUCCAGUAUCCCAUCAUCUACGACAUCCGAGCGCGGCCGCGGAAAAUCUCCUCCCCCACUGGUUCCAAAGACCUGCAGAUGGUGAACAUCUCCCUGCGGGUGCUGACGCGGCCCAACGCGGCCGAGCUGCCCAGCAUGUACCAGCGCCUGGGGCUGGACUACGAGGAGCGAGUGCUGCCCUCCAUCGUCAACGAGGUGCUCAAGAGCGUCGUGGCCAAGUUCAACGCCUCGCAGCUCAUCACGCAGAGGGCCCAGGUGUCUCUGCUCAUUAGGAGAGAGCUGACAGAGAGAGCCAAGGAUUUCAGCCUCAUCCUGGAUGAUGUGGCUAUCACAGAGCUCAGUUUCAGCCGUGAAUACACAGCUGCUGUGGAGGCUAAGCAAGUGGCCCAGCAGGAGGCACAGCGUGCCCAGUUCCUGGUGGAGAAGGCCAAGCAGGAGCAGAAGCAGAAGAUAGUUCAGGCUGAAGGAGAAGCGACAGCUGCCAAGAUGCUCGGGGAAGCUCUCAGCAGGAAUCCAGGCUACAUCAAGCUACGCAAGAUCCGAGCUGCUCAAAACAUCUCAAAAACGAUUGCUGCCUCACAAAACCGUGUGUAUCUCACAGCAGAUAACUUGGUACUGAACCUGCAGGAUGAGGCCUUCACCAGGUAAAGGGGCUGAGUGCCUGGGUUUGUCUGCACCCUGCCUGGGAAGCUGCUCCCCUUGCUGGAGCUCUCUCAGGAUCUUUUUCUGAGAGGACCCCGAUGUCAGAGGAUAUAGCCAAGUAGGGAGCAGCCUCUCCUACUGCGGGAAUGGGUUUUUUUGUUUAAUCUCAUCAAUUUACUCUUGGUUUUUUUUCUUUCCCACCCUGCACCCCUUACUGCAUCUGCUGACACAGAGGAAGUGACAGUCUCCUACCCAAAGGCAAGAAAUGAAAGAAGCUGAAGAUUCCUAGAACCAGCAUUGCUGACCAGCAGAAGAUAAGAGUGAGGAUCUUUGAACUCCCUCCACUAGUAUUGUUUGUCCUCACUAUGAAGUUUUUAAUCCAGUAGCCAGAUUUUGUCCCCAUGCCUCUGCUCCAUCUGUGGUGAUUCAGUUACAGGAACGAGCUCUGCCUCUAGGCAGCUGCAAUUCCUUCCUCAUCCCACCAGUUAAAUUUGGAGAGGGGGCAAAGGGGCUUACUGGUAUUAAACCACGUGGAUAUUUGCCUCUAAUCUUCAUUAAUAUUUAGAUUUCUGUAGGAUAUCAAAUUAUUUUUUGGCCAAGUGAGGGAGUUCUUCUGCCAUCAGCACCAGGCUUUUUUUUCUAGUCAAUUUUGAUUCUCUCUCACUCUUGAUCCCAAGAGAACCUGGGACUGAAUUCAGGACAAUGCCAUUCAUUGGGUGCCUGUCACUGCUGGAAUAUCUUACUUGUGUCACUGUCUGCUCAGUGAUGCUUUCAGAUAUUUGUAAAAAUUAAAGAAAAAAAAAACAACCAAA